GUAACCAUAGCGAGAGCCGUUACAGAGGUCACGCCCUCCGACAACGGAGCCAAGAUCUCUUGCCAGGUCUCAAAUCCAGCGACUGACGCGCCCCUGGUGGCAACAACGCCAAUCGAGUUGUUCUUUCCUCCUUGGGAAGUGAAGGCCUGGGUCUCCCCAACCAACGUCUCCGCGGUUCAAGUAGCAAAGCUGAUCUGUGGAGUCGUCCUCGAGCCUUCCUGCUUCGACCAUCACUUGUAGGUCGGGCUCAGUCACCAACCACGGAGCCACUUCCAUGCGCAGGUCGGGGCUCUACGGAGGUCAGGUCACCAGAUCUGAGCUGGAAGUCAGGGCCCUCAUAGAGGACAACCAACGCACAUACAUCUGUGACGCUACCAACGGUUUGGGCGUUACCGUAACAAGCAACGUUACGCUCAAUGUGCUACAUGAACCGGUAUGGAAAGACGUGCCCAGCGGGGUAGUGGAGGUGAAGGAGAAGGAUGACCUCUUGCUGAGGGCAGUAGCUGAUGCCAACCCACCACCUGUCACAUACAAGUGGUGGAGAGGCCCCGUCCUGCUUCAGGAAGACCAAGAAGAGGGGGGCCUCCUGGAGAUGACAAGGGUGCAUCGCCAAGAGGCAGGAGGGUACUCUGUCACUGCUGAGAGCCCCAGGGGCAUCGUCAACGCCUCCUUCAUCCUCAACGUCCUCUACGGACCGGAGGGCGUGAUGGCGCCCAAGAGAGUGACAGUAGACGAGGGCGGUUCAACUGUCAUCGUGUUCGGCCAUAGGGAACCCCACCCCCAACGUCACCUGGUUCACCCACAAUAAUAAUUCCAGUGUUCGCGAGGUGUUAUCUUGGGGGAUAAGUGAGGCUCGACUCCUGAUCGACUUCGUCACCAGAGCUGACACUGGCUUCUACAGGUGCCUGGCUACCAACGUCGUGGGGACUUCCAAACCAGUGAAAACAGCUGUCGUCGUCACUCAGGCACCAGAACCGUUGGAAGAGGAACCCUUCAGGGACGACCUCCCGAACAGACCGUGGGCCAAGUUGGGCGGGACGGGGCGCCUCGAGUGUUUCGUAAAAGCGGCGCCGGCGCCCAAUUUUCGCUGGACCAUCAAUGAAGAUCGA